CCUCCACCUCCACCAAAAUGAUGGAUCAUCACGGGGCCCGUCCACUCACAGCGAGCCUAUGUAAUCCCACCCCCAGUUUAACGAAGCCGUGUCGCGACGACUUUCCGUAACAACCUGUCGAUCAAGCUUAGCAUCAGAUCGUAUACCGGGGGUCCAUCCUAGGUAGCCCACCUGGCUGCCUUGGUCGUCUUCCUACUGAAACUGCAAGCGAGCCCAAGACGGCAGCCCGUGUCUUGUUGGCAAUAAGGUAGCAUCCGAGGCAUCUAAGUGUCUAUCUGUGGUCUGCGAGAACGAGAGGACGGCCUGCAGGCGCGGAAUUCGGCUCGGGGAUCCCAGUCAACUCCACUCCACAUCCAAUGCUUUUCGACAUCAUCAGACUGGCUCGAGGGGUUUUGAACGAGUCCCAUCUCUCGCGGCUAGCUCAGUCCGAGCAACAGAUCCCAAGCCGUCAUUGUCCGUGGCCCUGUCUCUCCACCUCCUCCCUCCCACCCCUUCCAGACCCUUUUCCAUAUGGACUGGGUAUUGUGAGACGUUUCUGGUCCUUUACAGCAAGCUGAUCACGUUUUCGACGCCUUCCAAUCGAGGGAUCUCGUCUAAACUUGGUGGCCCAACCCAUGCUCCCUCACUUACACGAGGCGGCGGGGGGCACAAUGUCGACGCAAGAGGAGCAAAGGGUCGCAGAGGGAAGGGGGGGGCCAUGUUCCCCAGUUGCGGAGGGACAGAGGUGUGAGCAAGAUAUAAUAUCUUCUCAAACCCACUCAUCAACCCAUGAUUGCCUGACCAUCCGUACAUCUCAUUCUACUGCUUGGCCCCCCUGAUCGCUCGACGCGACCCUUCAUUCCUUUCCUUUGCUAAUUCAGUUGCUGCCAUUCGCUGCCGGUCAGCCAAUCAUUCAUUUCCAAGAUGCAAUACCCUACCUUUGGCCACUUCCUCUUGGCGAGCAUCCUAGCCGUCCAGGGUGCUCACUCCUUCUCCCUCGUACCAACGGGAGGAGUUGUCAGACGCUAUGUAGCCCCCGCUGUGGCACUUGCCAUGCCUGUACUGGCUGCGCCGCAGGCUGCCAACAUCGAGGCCCGUGAGCCUCACCACCGUGGCAAGAAGACCAAGGCUAAGAAUGCCAAGGCUAAGAAUGCCAAUGCCAAUGCCAACAACAACAACAACAACAACAACAACAACAAGCGUGAUGAGCUUGCUGUUGAGGACGAUGACGACGCCGAUCUUGAGACCCGAGCUAUCGAGGCUCGUCACCACCGCGGCAAGAAGACUAAGGCUAAGAAUGCUAAGGCCAAGAAUGCCAAUGCCAAUGCCAACAACAACAACAACAACAACAACAACAACAAGCGUGAUGAGCUUGCCGUUGAGGACGAUGACGAUGCGGAUCUUGAGACCCGAGCUAUCGAGGCUCGUCACCACCGCGGCAAGAAGACUAAGGCUAAGAAUGCCAAGGCUAAGAAUGCCAAUGCCAAUGCCAACAACAACAACAACAACAACAACAAGCGUGAUGAGCUUGCCGUUGAGGACGAUGACGAUGCGGAUCUUGAGACCCGAGCUAUCGAGGCUCGUCACCACCGCGGCAAGAAGACCAAGGCCAAGAACGCUAAGGCCAAGAAUGCCAAUGCCAAUGCCAACAACAACAACAACAACAACAACAACAAGCGUGAUGAGCUUGCUGUUGAGGACGACGAGGACAUCGAUCUUGAGACCCGCAAUAUCGAGGCCCGCGAGCCUCACCACCGCGGCAAGAAGACCAAGGCCAAGAAUGCUAAGGCCAAGAAUGCCAAUGCCAAUGCCAACAACAACAACAACAACAACAACAAGCGUGAUGAGUUCGCCGACGACGAGGAUCUAGAGGCUCGUGCUUUCACCGCCUAAGGGGCCAACAAUGUAACGCUCUGGCCACGGCGCCUUUGAGUUGAGACGAGCGACCGGCUUUGUGUACUGUUACAGUCCCGAGUUCAUACGGAAAACCACUUCAACCUCGGGCUCGGGUUCGGUAACCUCGGACGACGAACGGCCCCGUAGACUAGAAGUCAGCUUUCUUCGUCUCCAUACAUUUUGAACAUUAAUAAUAACCGUACUUUCAAGUGCACCCUCUUCGGCCCAUGAACACUUGACUUGGUCGCGUGAGGUGCGAGCUUGAAACUCGGUGGUCGCAAGGGAGACCUGCAGCAAUCUAAAUUUGAACUGAAUUCUUCCUUUUUCCGCUUGCAUGAACCGCCGCAUGUUGCGACGAAAAUAGCGUUUCGACUCAACGUGAUUUUUUUGGGACGAUAUCGAAACAUGUCGGAACCGGUCCGGCCAUGACAUGCGACGUGGGCCGGGACACCCUCACUUUUGCGCUCGCAAAAGACGUCCGAGAGGGGGCCAUCAAAGCGGCAAGUCGGAUGAGAUUUCCAGGAUGGUCGAUGGGUUCUUUAUUCUGUUAUGACGAGGAAUCUGGUUCGCGGCAGGCGGCAUCCGAAGAUAUCAUGACGUCUGGUGUUGUUGAGGUUGCUCGACCGGGCAAGUUGAAGACGUUACAGUUCCACCCACCCACCCACCCAUCUCUGCCAAGAAUUGCUUGUUUACGUGAUCUACCAGGGCGCCGUGGCGUUUGGUUUCGGAAAAUCUCGGCCAAGCGCUGCACAUCAUUUUGAGAUGCAACUGCUGAGAGGUGCUCUGGCUUCUUGUCUCAGUAUCCUGCUGACCGGUUGACCGUCACUGAUCAAAGAAUGGAUCACGAGCGCCCCUCCCCUCUUCUCCUGGAUCGCUGGACCGGUCACGCAUGGCCGGUCGUCGACCUGAGUACCAUGGCGAGAACGAUAGGCAGGAGGGCCAAAGUACGCCGAAGUCGGGGUUUGCUUGGAAAUCGAGCCGAGCCUGGCGUUGAUCCUCGCGCCUCGCGCCAGCUCGUCUGCUCCAGUCAAGUCCGAAAAGUCCGGCUGGGAAUUCACCAGAUGACAUGUUGUCGCUUUCGAGGAGUUCGGGUCCACGGAGAAGAUGUCAGGACGAUAAGUUUCGUCCCGUUGCCGAAUGAGUAACGCGCAUUUUGAAAGAGAAGCAGUUGUCGUUGGCGGGAAUGCUUCUCUCCCAUUCACU